GAGUAGGAGCUCAUAUCUUUCCUUCCUCUCCUUUGUGUACCGUGCGCACGUUACCGGUGAAGGAACAUCACUCUCAGGAGCGCGGAAGGAGUUGCAUUAUUGUCUGUGAUAGCUACGUUGAAACGACAUCUCUCAUUUCACUUACAGCUGUGUUCUUCGAAGCUGAAACAUGUCUGUUGGGAUCGAGUCUGGAUUUUCGAACGACGAGGUGCUAAAUAUUCGUUUCCCUCUUCACCGGGCGUGCAGGGAUGGAGACGUCGGUGCUUUGUGCUCACUUCUCCAGUGCACCACAAACCAAGCUGACCUAAUAGCGGAGGACUCUUUCUAUGGAUGGACUCCCAUUCACUGGGCUGCGCAUUUUGGGAAGCUGGAGUGUGUGAUGCGUCUGGUGCAGGUGGGCUGCGAGGUGAACGCCAUGACGACAAGGUUCGCCCAGACUCCCGCCCACAUCGCUGCGUUCGGGGGCCACCCGGAGUGCGUGUUGUGGCUGCUGCAGGCCGGGGCCGACAUCAACAGACAGGACUAUGUGGGUGAGACUCCUAUCCACAAGGCAGCCCGAGCGGGUAGUAUGGAGUGCAUCAACGCCCUCUUAAUACAGGCUGCUAAACCUGACUUGAGGAACGCUAGCGGCCUGACGGCGGCAGACCUGGCCCAUGCCCAGGGCUUCCGGGAGUGUGCCCAGCUCCUCUCUAAUGCCCAAAACCAUGUCAACCAGCUGAAUGGUUUCCAUGCCAAUGGGGCUGUCAAUGGUAACAGUCAAGGUCGGGGCCUUCUCAACGGGAUGGCCAAUAGAAAGAGGCUGCUGGAUGACAUGGAAUGCAACCACACCAAGAAAGCCAAAACCGACGGUGUGCUCCCACCAAUGAGGAUGCUGAAUACUUGCGGCGUGGAGAUGGAGAGCAUGCAUGUCGAGUCUGCCCGGGAGGCCCUGUCAGAUGACCCCAAAACCACCGCUCUGAGGAACAAGCAUGGCCUCUCAAACGGGACCUCCACCAAUGGCCACUGCGCUAGCAACGGCGUGUCCACCAAUGGUUUUAACACUCCUUGGGGAUUGGUGGCUGCUCUCUCCACUGGGAACGGGCUGUCCUCCAGGCCCGAGGAGUCCAGGCGUCGCUCGGCCGACAUGUGCGGCUCCCUGCACCAGUCUGGCAGCCCCAGCAGCUGUGUCUCCCACAGACCCUCCUGGGGCGUCAUGGCCUCCGACCUGGGGGAAACCUUGCACUACGGCCACUACCACGGUUUCGGGGACACAGCGGAAGAUCUGACCGACACGAGCAGCCGACUGGAGCACAGCACCAGCGUGCGAGCCGAGCAGCGCUAUGACCAGGCGGUGCUGAGCACCAUGCACCUCUACCACGGGUCUUAAGAGGGUGAGCCCUCCAUGCCGUCUGCCCACCCACGUGUCCUGGUGGCACCUUUUGUGCCCUACGCCGUCCGCCUUAAACCCAACGGUGAUCUUGGUAUUGCACUGAGAGGUAAAGAGAAUGUCCAGACAGAUCAUAGGUGUGUUAACAUGUCUACCAAAGGGACACAAAAAAGCAGUUUUUCUUUUGUAUUUGACUGAAAUCCUUAUUUUAAUAUUCAAAAUGUUGUGUUGGAAAACAAAAUACUGUAUGUGGUUGUAGUAAGGUUAUUAGUUUGUGUGUGAUAUUGCAUUUAAUGCAUUUUGUUUUUCAAAGGUGCUGGUUAUUAGAAUGAUUAAUGCCAUAUGUGUUAAAACGAAAGGGAUAUGACUUAUGUUUGGAAUCUAGUUAGAUUGUGCCAAUACUACAGAUUAGUAUACUGCCUAUUUAGUAUUAUAUGGUACUGCUUGUAAUGGAAAUCAUUUUGUUCGUACAAUACUUUCUUACCUUUCUCAUGUUUUUCUUCAAACGUUAGAGCAGAAAAUAUGUAAAACAGUAUUUGUCAAACUGUCUUGAAACAAUCUCUGACAUUUAGGUUUGUUUAUUUUUUAUCACAAUUAAAAGGAUAUUGAACCUAAUGGAGUGUUUCACGUUUGUUACACUGCUUUUGCAUUUUCGCAAGGUUGCAAUUGAGUCUCAGAUAAUCUAAAGAUAAAAGUGCUUAUUCAGACUCCAGGAGUGUAGACAUGCGAAUGUUUCUCAAUGGCAAGUUUUCACUGAAAUGCAUUCUGUAUUAUAAACUAACGUUUUUUGUCCUUGCAAAUAUUUCAUUAAAUGCUGUCUGAAAUGUUA